GGGGGCAUCCCGCUCCCGUGUCAAGCGCGAGACAUCCAUGCCGGUGCAGAGCCAUGUGGCCGCUGCUGCUUCCAGAGACCUUAGAUGGUCUGCAGGCUCAAGAGGCGUCCGCGCUGAGAGCGGCGGCGCGCGGUGCGCGUGGCUGGGUGUGGCGCAACGUAACGCUCAGGGCCGCCGCUGCGCCGCCCGAGCGCCUCGGCGGAUCCCAGCUGCGGCGCCUGGCGCUGCCUGCGGAGGCGCUCAGCGCAGCUGCGGGCUUGCUGGUGAACUUGCAGGAGCUCAGGGUGCAACACCUCGUGGUGCCCAGCCAAGCAGGCCGUUUGAAGCUGGCGCAGCUCAGAAGUCUUCGAGUGUUAGAGCUCCCGGACCUCAUUUGCACAGGACCUGCCGCCAGCUUCGCGGACUCCCUCGCAGGGAGCCGCCUGGAGCGGCUGCUGCUGCCGAGGGCCAUGCUCCUGGAGUGCUGCGCCAGGGAGCUGGUGGCGCAGGCGGUCAGCGCCCAGUGUGACGCCUGGCAGGCGAUUGCGGGAAGAAUCGCCGCAAUGGCGAGCUUGAGGGAGGUGGACAUCACCAGCGCUUGGCGGCCCAUCGCCCCGGAGCGCCUCCGGCCCUUCCGCAGCCCCGGCUCCGCCGCUUCCGCGGGCUCCGGCGAAGGUGCCGAAAGCGGCAGUGCGCAGGACCUGGUGCCCUGUGAGGAGGACUUGCUGCAGCUCUUCGAGUCCUGGUGCGCCCAGAUGCGUCGCAUCAACGCCAGCUUCGGAAAAUCUGUGCGGGUCAUCCACGAGGAUUGGGAUGAGGAGAGGAGGCCGAACAUCAGGAGAUGAAGACCGGAAAUUUCAGUGAGUUCUUGUAUUGGAC